UUUUCUGUGAAAUUGUCGUUACCUCUGGAAAAGGUCCAACCUGUGUUUGAAGCUUGGAAAGGUCCCCGUCUAAACUUCGUCAUCUGUUAGUAUUGGCUCCGGGCCUGCUGGAAUCUCUUCGUAGCAUCUUUAAGUCUCUGUGUUCUAUAAAUUAAACAUGCUAACCAGCCGUCCGCCAAUUGGGCAGAUCCCGACACAUAGCAACAUUUCCGGGACGGUGCUGCCUCCAAAGUUGCUUGUCCUUAAUGCAGGCAGCUCCAGCCUGAAAUUCAAAAUUUUUGGGGUGAAUCCCUUGAUUGCCGGCAUGAGCGGCAUGUUUGACCGGAUUGGUGACUCUGCGAACUGCACGCUCAAGGCCUCCUCACCCGACCCUCUGGGCGGCAAGUCGCGCAAAUGGGAACUCAAGCUGCCUGCCGCAGACCAUACCUGCGCGCUGCAAGAAAUCCUCGACUUUAUUUCUGACAACGUAUCUGGAAGCUUCUCUAAUGAAGUUGUUGCUGUUGGGCACCGCAUCGUACACGGUCUGGACAUUAGCGCGCCAGUCCUUCUGGACUCCGUAGCCCUGGAGCGCAUCCGGGAGGCUGCCGUUUUUGCGCCACUACACAACCCGGCGGGGCUGCAGGGCAUUGAGGCAGCGCAGAAUGUGUUUUCGGGUGUACCGCAGGUGGCGGUCUUCGAUACGGCGUUCCAUGCCACCAUGCCCCCUCACGCCUACAUGUACGGCAUUCCGUACGAUUUGUACGAUAAGCACCAUAUUCGUCGGUACGGCUUCCACGGCACCAGUCACAAGUACCUUGUGGAGCAAGCGGCGGCCAUGCUGGGCAAGGACGUCUCCGAAACCAAUGUCAUCACUUGUCACUUAGGUAACGGCAGCAGUGUGGCGGCUGUUCGGGGUGGUCGGUGCGUGGACACCAGCAUGGGCAUGACACCGUUAGAGGGGCUCCUGAUGGGGACCCGUUGCGGUGACGUGGACCCGGCUGUCGUACUGCACAUUGAAACCCAGCUGGGCCUGUCAGCAAAGGAGACCGACACGCUGCUCAAUAAGAAGUCCGGCCUGCUGGGAAUCACCGGCUCCAGCGACUUGCGAGCCGUGAUUGAGGGUGCUCAGAGGGGGGAGGCACGUGCGCAACUGGGUUUGGACAUGCUCGUACACCGUAUUAAGAAGUACAUUGGCGCUUAUGUGGCUGUGCUGGGAGGCCAGGUCGAUGCGGUGGUGUUCUCAGCUGGCAUUGGGGAGAACUCCUCCCUGCUGCGGGGCCUGGUGAUGGAGGACAUGCAGGGGUUGGGUCUGCAAGUGGACCCCGACCUCAACCGGGCUGCAGUGGGGGGCCGCCAAGGGGACAUCAGCGCACCCUCGAGCCGUGUCAAGGUGCUGGUCAUACCCACAGACGAGGAGCUGUCCAUUGCGCAACAGACUCUGCAGGUGGUGGAGCAGGCGCAGCUGCAGCUGGGGGCCGAUACUGCUGCUGCUGCGGCGGCGGCGGUGGCAGCAGGGGGAGGCGCUAUGGCAGCCUAGGCCUGGAUUAUAGAAAACAAAGCCGAGGGAAGUAGUGUGGGAGAUUGCAGAGAAACGUGUAGAGAUGCGUGUCGGGGGGAUAGAGAGAGAGAGAGGGAGAAGGGGCACAAAAGUGUCGCGGAAAUGGGACCCUAGCAGAGAGAUGUAAGGAGAGGGGAAAAGGGGAGGGGGAAGUGAGGAGAAGAGCUUUUGGGGGAUUGCUGUCAGCUCCUACCACUCCGACCCGCUGCUGCUUCCUUUCAGUGGCGCCGUACAUUUGCCGUGCAUCUCACGGAGGGGUUAGUUUGGGGCAGUAAUUGAAAAGAGAUGCUCUGAAUAGACACCAAAGAGAAAACGGCAGGCAGAGAAAAAAUGGGUUGGAGCAGUAGCAGAAGUUGCAGGAACAGCAGCAGCAGCAACCACAGUAGCAGUAGCAACAACAGUAGCAGCAGGAGCAGCAUCGCUUGCAGGAGGAGGAAGCUGAAGAGUUUAAGUGUGUAUUGAGAUGGAACGUCUAUCGUGUCAUGUCGAGAAGUGCUUGUUCAUGUCCUACGCCGCAAUCACAACACAUAGAGUAACGUGUACCGAAAGAAAGCGUCCAGCUGUGAAACACGGGUCCAGUGUGUGUGUUAAAACCUGUGUAUUUCCGUGCGGAGCGGAGCGCAGUGAUGGCCGGGACGGAUGCUAAUGAUGAUGGCCUGUGAUAAGCAGGUUAGAUUCUCUGUAUGUAUGUUUGGAUG